AUCCCUUCAGCGCGUCCGGGCAGCAGUCCAGUGCGUAAAGAGCGCAGAAGAGAGCCUCUCUCCUCUGUCCACUUGUGUCCUCUCUCCUCUGUCCACUUGUGUCCUUCACGGCCUGGAUUAGCGUUUUCCUCUCCGUCUCCUCGCACACUCCGCACGCGCUCUAAAUGAAGCUUGGUGUUUCUCCGUGACUUUCUUCGCCAUGAGCUGCCUGGAUGUGAUGUACCAAGUGUUUGGUCCUCAGCCUUAUUUCAGCUCCUACAGCCCCUAUCACCACCAGAAACUGGCGUUGUAUUCCAAAAUGCAAGACCCCCAGGACAGCGGCAGCCGGCUCGGCCCCUCGGGUCCCCCGGUGAUCAAAGAGGAGGACAAGGAGCUGCCGCCGGGGGCCGAGUACCUGAGCUCCCGCUGCGUCCUCUUCACCUACUUCCAGGGAGACAUCAGCGCCGUGGUGGACGAGCACUUCAGCCGGGCCCUGAGCCACACGAGCGCGUACCCCCCCUCCACCAGCCACAAGGCCAUCAGAGACGGAUCAUUCCCCAUGAAUCAGAGAAGUUUCCCUCCGUCUUUCUGGAACAGCUCCUACCAGCCGUCCGUCUCCUCCGCGCUGGGCAGCGCUCUCUCGGCUCCCCACACAGAGCUCCCCUUCCACGGGGACCCGUACUCCUCCGCCUCCCUGCACAGCCACCUCCACCAGCCCAGCCCGGACGCCUGGCACCCAUCGCACCACCACCAUCACCACCACCACCCUUACUCACUAGGGGGAGCUAUAGGCACCCAGGGAUCUGCAUACCCGCGCCCCGGCGUUCACGAGAUGUACGGCACGGCGUUCGAUCCGCGCUACAGCUCUCUGCUGGUGCCGUCGGUGAGGCCGCAUCAUCGCCUGACGUCCGGCAGCUCGGUCCCGGGGCCCAGCGGCUCGCCGUGUGACCUUGGAGGGAAGGGGGAGUCGGGGUCGAGUUCGUCUUGGAGUGGGGCCUUCACAGGAGCUGGAUCAGAGAUCGGACUCAACAUGGACACAGCUCGGUGUUACGGCGGACUUUGCAGCAGCAGCAGCAGCAGCAGCAGCACAGCCUUGCUGAGCUGAAAGCCGGCAGAGUGGAUACAAAAGUGGACUCACAGAGAAAAAGAAGAAGAAGAAGAAGAAGAAGGAGAGAAUCUGAUCUUGACGGAUGUGGAUAAAGACAAGAGUCUUUGUGCUUCUGUAACAGGCAGGGACAACAUUCCUAAAGUUGAAAAAGUCUGGGGACAGACGGACAGAGACACGUGUUGUCGAGCUCCAAAGACAAGCGCUUUAAGGACUUGGCAGGAGCUGCUUCACUGGGACAACUGGGAGAAAGACACUGGGAGUGUUAUGGCUGGAGGGAGGGCUGUGCCGGUGUGGAGGAGGCCGCACGGCUAGAAUCUGGCGGACUAUGAAAAGCAGGAGGAGUCCAAAUACUUUGGUUUACAUGGAGUAUUGGUACAAUGUCAACUGUCUGUAUCAAUGUAAAUGUUUUAUGGCACAUUAAAAGUUAAA